CCUCCAUCUUUGACUGAAAUUGAAACUCUAUUAUAAGAAGAAAAUGGAGCUACAUUGCUUCAAGCCAAAAAACAAAAGAAAAAAAAAAAGAGAAAAAAUGUGAAAGGAGAUGGAAUCGAAGAAUGUGGAGAUUUCUCAAAUCCGUACAGAUCUGCCAUUUUCGAGCAGAAAAAUCAAAGGGAAAGGAGAUGGAAUCGAAGAAUAAUUAGAAUCAGCAGCUAGGCAUCAUCAAGCCGCUGGUACUUAUGUGAUAAAUUUCUUGCUCUCUUUUUCCGCUGUUUUUAAGAGAGAGAAUUUUAGUUUUGAGGUUUUAAUUGGCAUUUUCGAAGAUGAUGAGGGUCGGCAUGGAGCUCAUUUUGCAAGCUGUGUAAUUAGAUUUUUGAUUAAUCACCUGCCUAAUUAUCAAACAUUUUCUCACUCUUUCCGUUUUAUAGCCCCAUACUUAUUUUAUAAUUCAUUAUUGUCCCUUUAUUUUGCUUUAUACUUAAUUCCACCACAUCCAUAUAUUUUGUUCCAAAAGCUCCUUUUCUUUUAAUCUUCUUGGGAGACUCUUAUUCUUUACAUCCCUAUGGCCUAUGGGAACAACUUACAUCAAAUUCAAUGUGCUGGAAUAGUAGAAACAAGAACCAAACUCGUGGUCAACACGAUAUUUGGUUAUGUCGCUAUUGGCCUUUAUGUGUUCAAGUCUAUGGUCACCUUCUCACCUUUUUAGACCGCUCAAGCGCCUCCAUCUUUGACUGAAAUGGAAACUCCAUUAUAAGAAGAAAAGGGGGCAACAUUGCUUCAAGCCAAAAAAACAAAGAACAAAAAAUGGAGGAAAAAUGGGUUGGAGCAAUUGUAUUGUUGGUUUUGGUAAGUGGAUGGUAUUGUUCUUGUUGUUGUGGGUGUUUGGAGGAAGAGAGAAUUGCCCUCUUAAACCUCAAACAUUCAAUCCCUCCCCCAACCGACUAUGUUCUAGCAUCUUGGGGUGGGCAUGGUGAUUGUUGUAAAUGGGUUGGGAUUGAAUGCAAUAUCACAACAAAGAGAGUGUUUCAGCUUUCUCUUAAUUUUACUAGGGGUUGGGAUGUUAAGGGUUGGUAUCUGAAUUCUUCCCUGUUUUCACCCUUGGAAGAGUUGAAGAGUCUUUUCUUGAGGGCCAAUAGCAUUUUUGGCUUCAUGAAGAAUGAAGGUCUAGAAAAGUUGUCAACCUUAAGCAAUUUGGAGGUUCUUGAUUUGAGUGAUAAUCAAUUAAACAAUAGCAUCCUAUCAUCUUUGGCAAGUCUUUCAUCCUUAAAAGUGUUAAAUCUAGCAGGCAAUCAGAUGGAAGGAAGUCUCCAUAUUCGAGGUGUUAAAAGACCAUUGGGACUAAGUAAUUUGGAAGUACUUGAUUUGAGGGAUAAUUCUUUCAAUAACACGAUUUUAUCUUCUUUAAAAGGACUUUCAUCUCUUAGAAGUCUCAAUUUGCGUUGGAACAAAUUACAAGGAAUACUAAAUAUUAAAGAAUUAGUUGGUUUAAAUGAGUUGAAGGAGCUUGAUUUAAGCAACAAUAAUGUGGAAAGUUUUAUGGCUCCCAAAGGCAUUAAAAGACCACUGGGCCUAAGUAAUUUAGAAGUGCUUCAUCUAUACAAUAAUUCUUUCAGUAACACAACUUUAUCCUCCUUAAGAGGGCUUCCAUCUCUCAAGAUUCUUGAUUUGAGUAAGAACAAAUUAAAAGGAGUACUAAAUGUUGAAGAAUUAAUUGGUUUAAACAAGUUGAAGGAGCUAGAUUUAAGCUACAAUAAUGUGGAAAGUUUUGUGACUCCAAAAGGUAUUAAAGGACCAUUGGGCUUAAGUAAUUUGGAAGUGCUUCAUCUGUACAAUAAUUCUUUCACUAACACAACUUUGUCUUCCCUAAGAGGGCUUUCAUCUCUCAAGAGUCUUGAUUUGAGUAAGAACAAAUUAAAAGGAAUAUUAAAUAUUAAAGGUAGAUCAAUUAUUUCACUUGUUUUCUAUUUUCAUCUGUCAUUGAAUAUUCUUCUAAUUAAAUGCUGCUUCUUUUCCCUCAUUUUUAUUUGAUUGUUUGCAUUUUGUCCCCACCAGAAUUAGUUGCUCUAAACAAUUUGAAGGAGCUGGAUUUAAGCUAUAAUGAAGUGGAAAGUUUUGUGGCUCCUAAAGGUACACAUGAUCAAACUAGAAAGUUGGUUAUAAUGAGGCCUAGUCAUCUUGCUCCUUUCAUCAAUAAAUUCAUAAAAGAAUUAGAACACUUAACCCACUAGUUUCAUACUAGUAAAAUUUUUUAUUGAACUGUAAUUUACUUAUGCAUCAAUAAAGAAAAAUUUUGCUAAAGCUCAAGUAGAACUUUUAAGGCCAUGUUUACAUUAGUUAUUGUGGAGCAUAUGUCCUUUUCUAAAGAUCACAAGUUUGUUACAAGUUCACAUCUUUGCAACUUUAAAGCUUAUCUUAAUCCCCUUUUUUGUUUGUAGAUACAAGAAGUUCAAGUAUGCUAGAAGUUCUACAUCUAAGUGGGAACAACAACACUUGUGGAAGUUGUCUAGUACAGUCAAUCAGGGCAUUCCCUUUAAUUAAGACCCUUGAUCUUACUUCGAGUACAUCUAUAGAACCAGUGACUACUAUAGGUAAGUAAUGCAGACAAGCAAAAAGAGAAUAAAAAAAAAGAAAAUAGAAUAUGCUUACCUAUAUUUUAGUUUUUCUAUUAUACAUUAUCUCAAUUUAUCCAAGCUGCUAAUAAUAAUUGAAUACUUAAUUUUUAGAUGGUCACACUUUUAAGGAGUUGGAAGUAUUGCUUUUGGAGGAAUCUUCCCUUCACAAUAAUUUUCUCCAAAGCAUUGGAACACUAAGCUCUCUUAAAGUUUUGUCUGUGUCCUUCUGUGAGCUCAACGGAACUCUACCCAAUCAAGGUAAAACAUAUAA